CGUUGCUCAGUAACCAAACUGCUGAGCAGCAGACAAGACGGCGCCCAAAAAAUUAAUUUGCGUAACGUGCCGCCCACAUUUGCAAUAAUUGAAUAAUAAUACCUGUAAUAAUUAUUCCACCGAAUUUAAUUAGUGCGCUUAGAUAUAAUACUUCACUAGUUACAAAAAAUACACAGACUGUAAUUAGCCAACAUUUACUGCCAAAAAUCUUCGUUGCAAUAUUUAAUCGUGAUGGACUUUAUUUUUCAGUAAUCUAAGAGUGAGAAAUGGGCGUCAAAAGUAAGGACGAAACAACCACUGCGGCUGAUCCUCCAGGCGAAGAUGGAGUUUGCCUUAAAGCCAAAAUGAGCUUAUUGAACGGCGUCACCGUUAUAGUUGGCAGUAUCAUCGGGUCAGGUAUUUUCAUAUCGCCUUCUGGAGUGAUUCGUCAUACAAAAUCAGUCAACUCGUCUCUAAUUGUAUGGAUCGUAUCUGGCUUAUUUUCGAUGGUUGGUGCAUAUUGUUAUGCCGAAUUAGGUUGUAUGAUAUCGAAAUCAGGUGCUGAUUAUGCAUACAUCAUGGAAACGUUUGGACCAUUUUUGGCGUUCAUGAGACUUUGGAUUGAGUGUAUGAUUGUCAGGCCAUGUUCACAGGCCAUAGUAGCUUUAACUUUCAGUUUGUACGUUCUCAAACCUAUUUACACAAACUGUGAUCCUCCGGAUGAAUCAGUACGCUUACUUGCUGCCUGUUGUAUAGUGUUACUAACAUUUAUUAACUGCUGGGAUGUUAGAUGGGCUACACGUGUGCAAGAUACAUUCACAUACGCUAAAUUGUUAGCUCUUAUGGUCAUUAUUACAACAGGAGUAUACCAGUUGGCGACAGGUCACACGGAGUAUUUUACAUUUGAAAAAACAGAAACCAAAGUUACCUCAAUAGCACUUUCUUUCUACUCGGGACUUUUUGCGUACAAUGGAUGGAAUUAUUUAAAUUUUAUAGUAGAAGAACUUAAGGAUCCAAUAAGAAACCUGCCAAGAGCUAUUGCAAUAUCGUGUGUCCUUGUCACAGUGGUAUAUGUUUUCACCAAUGUAGCAUUUUUUACGACAUUAUCUCCAGAAGAAGUAUUGAACUCUAACGCAGUAGCUGUAAACUUUGCUGAAAAACUAUAUGGUCCAAUGGCAUGGACGAUUCCUUUGUUCGUCGCGAUGUCUACGUUCGGUGCUGUAAAUGGUAUACUAUUAACGAGUUCAAGGUUGUUUUAUGCUGGAGCAUGUGAAGGUCAAAUGCCACAAAUCUUAACUAUGAUACAAAUAAAACAUUUAACUCCAGCACCUGCAGUUAUUUGCAUUUGCGUUCUUUCGCUGUUAUACCUACAAGUUUCCAACAUAGAUGCGCUUAUCAAUUACGUAGGAUUUACAACAUGGCUAAGUAUUGGAGUCUCAGUUUUGUGUGUUCCUUGGCUUCGAUGGACCAAACCAAAUCUUCAUAGACCAAUCAAGGUUAAUAUUUUAUUUCCCAUAAUAUAUAUUGCAGCAACGCUAUUUGUUACUCUAAUUCCAAUUAUUGAAAGUCCCGUAGAGACAGGGUAUGGUUGUUUGAUGAUACUAAGCAGUGUUCCUGUUUAUUUUGUUUUUAUCUACUGGAAAAACAAGCCCAUAAUAUUCCAAAAAUUAGUUGGUUGUGUCACACGGUACCUUCAGAUACUAUUAUUGGUGUCGUCAACUAAGUUACCAGCAAAAGUUUAAAGUUGUAUACUCAACUCACAGAUUUAUGAUUAAUAAUUAUUAAAAACUAUUAUUGUUGUAUUAUCCAAAACUCUAAAUUAAAAUAUUGUGGAAAAAUUAUCCAAUUACAUGACCAUAACUAGUCAAAAUCAUGAACUAUUCCUAAUAAUAAAUGUAGUAACUUCUAUUACACUUAGUAAUAAUCAAUAUGAAUUAAUUAAAUGAUUAUAUUUAUAAUUAAAAACAUAACUAUUUUAAAUAUUUAAUAAACGAUUCAAAUUUAUAAUUAUAAUAUAAUAUUUGAAGUAACUUAAAAAAAUGUGCUUAGUCUAAUAUACAGAUUUUUUUUGUUUAAUUAUUUUUCUAUCAUUGUUAAAUAUGGAAGAAAAAAUAAAUUUAGUGGCAACAUAAUUUGAAUAAUCCUAAUUAGAAAAAGAAUUAUUUAGUUCUUCUAACAGAAUUAAAUUUAAAAAAUUGCCGUUUCAAGUUUGUUUCGCUUGAUAAAUAACUAAAUUCGUAUGCAUAGAUGUGCACAGUGAUUCAAGGUAACAAAAAUAUGACCAGCUUUAGAAAAAGGGGAGAUAACACGAAUUAAAGGAGACCUUUCAAAUUUCACUAAAAUGACAGAUUUUUUGGUUUUUUUUUUUUGCUUAUCACUAUUGUUAUUGUAGCGAUAUUUUCCAUAGGGGAUCUAUCUCAAGAUACCACCAAUAUAGGUCUUAAUCCGCCUUGCCCAUGACUUUGCCUUAACAGUAUAUAUCUUAUGGAAGAUUUAAGGGACUUGUAGGGCAUUUAUCCCUAUUUAAUUGUUGAUGGCCCAUCUUAGAUAAAACUAGACUAGUCGUAGAUAACCCCAAAGCACUCUUUAGUGUCCUUGUAUGCACAUCUAUGUUCAUAUUAAAGACUCAGCACAAGUUUUCUGAACACAACUAAAUUAACUAAUAAUAAUGUAAUCAAUUAAUAAAAAUUUAUUAUAAUAUAUUCAUAAUUAUUGUAUAUAUAUAUAUAUAUAUUAAAUAUAUUUAUAGAACGUUACAAUUCGAGAGCUUUGUUCAAUAAGGUAUUUUCAUAAAGUAAUGUAUUUAGCAAUAGAUUAUAUUUAUAAGAUUAAGAUUGUAUUUAUUUGAAGAAUGAAUUAUUCUUCAUAAAAAAAUAUAAAAGAAAUUUAUUCAUAGCUUAAAAUAGCUUAAGACCAUUAAAUCAUAUUUAAUGAACUUUUGCGUAGA